CUUUCAGAGCGCACACACAGUAUGCUGGUAACCAAGCAUACAACCAUCACCUGUAGCAUGCUCAUGGACUUUCUACUCAUCUGCUGUGCCUUCCUCCUGGGCGCCGCAGCCUACAACGACACCCACAUCGGCGCCACCGCCUCCACCACCACUCACCUCCACUUCUACAUGGACGAUUUCUACACCGGCCCGAACCCCACCGCCUUGCGCGUCGUCUCCGGCCGCUCCCUCUCGCCCGUCAACAGCACGGCGACCACGUCGCCGCGGCAGUUCGGCGACAUCGUGGUGCUGAACGACCCGCUGACGGAGGGCCCCGACAGAGGCAGCGCGCGCGUCGGCAAGGCACAGGGAUUCGCCGUGCGGGCGUCAGAGGGCGGCAUCGUAUCAGACCUUCACCUGCACCUGUUCAUGGAGGCCGGCGAGUACAACGGCAGCUCAGUGGCGGUGAACGGCCGCAUCGACAUGGACACCGAGGUGCGCGAGUCGGUGAUCGUUGGUGGUACCGGCCAGUUCCGUUUCGCGCGGGGAUACAUGCUCUCCCGGAACUACCAAUACGACCUCAUCAAUGGCGGUGUCGUCGAGCUCAACGUCUACAUAAAGUUGAGACGGCUAUUUUUAGAUGAAGGGAAUAAUAAAGUUUGGUACAUGAGAUGUACAACAGGGUUCACUACAACACCCAGUCAAGGUGCCGACAGCCAGAAGUCGUCAGCAUAG